AUGUUGUGUGAAGACCAAAACUUUGACGUCGCUCAAGUGAUCCGUUUCUUCCGUUCAAAGCCUGGAGAGCUGAUCAUCUACUAUGAGAUGGAAAAAGGAGAGAAAAGCACCUCCAGAGGCAUUGUAGAAGUCUGCCCUGAUUCCCAUCGGAUAAUUCGUUUCUUGGAGAAAGCCAAGGAUGGGCUCACAUCUUCUCGAUUGGCCAGCGUGGUGUUUUACUGCAUCCAGAAAGAGACUCUACCCGUCCUAUCUGACAUCCUUAGUCAGAUGGAAGUCACAGACGGGUCCUUUGGAAGAUUCUGGGAGGAAGUGAUUAAUAAGAAUCUCCUUGAUGUGUUUGGAAUGAAGCUUCCAACUGGUUUCCAGCUAAUAGGACAAGUGACACUGUCAGACUACACCAAGUGGCUCAAUUGUUUCUCUGCCAAACAACAAGACAAAUCAUCCAAACCAAUCACAUGUCGGUCUUAUGCCAGGGUUGGAUUAAUCGGAAAUCCAUCAGACGGUUUUAAUGGAAAAACCAUCGCUAUGACUAUCAACAACUUCUGGGCUGAUGUCACCCUAGUGAAAAGCCAAACUUUGGUUCUCCUUCCUCACCCACUUAAUGACCCCACAGAGUUUGGAAGCUUGCAAGAUUUGUUCAGUAUCAGUAGAAAAGAAGGGUACCUUGGAGGCCUUCGGCUUCUGCAAGCGACCUGUAAGAAGUUCUAUCAGUUCUGCUGCAAACAAGGCAUCGCGUUGACAAAGCAGAAUUUCACACUAAAGUAUGACACAAACAUUCCUCGACAAGUGGGCCUUGCUGGGAGCAGCGCCAUCGUCUCCGCUACACUGAAGAGUCUCAUGAAAUUUUACAACCUCACAGAUAAUGAUCUCCCAAAGCCAGUCCGAGCCAACUUUAUUCUCAAUGUGGAAACUGAUGAACUAUUCAUUACUGCAGGUCUUCAAGACAGAGUUGUGCAGGUCUACGAGGGUUUAGUGUACAUGGACUUCAGUAAAAACCUCAUGGAAGAGCAGGGCUACGGCAACUACAUCUCAUUGGAUAUGAGUAGCCUGCCUCAAUUCUGGUUGGCCUACUUAAAUGAUCCCAGUGACUCUGGGCGCAUUCAUAACAAUGUCCGACAACGCUGGCUCAGCGGAGAGCCUCUUGUGGUCGAAGCGAUGAAGACGUUUGCUGAAUUUACUGAUCAAGCCAGAGUUGCUCUAAUGGAUAAAAACUGGAACCAUCUAGCACAGCUAAUGGACCAGAACUUUGAGUUACGGAGGUCCGUGUACUCUGAUGAGUGCCUUGGUCCUGGCAACCUCAAGAUGGUGGCGUUAGCAAAGCAGUUUGGCUCCGCAGUGAAGUUACCAGGCAGUGGUGGCGCAGUGGUGGGAUUGUGUCUAGAUCCUGCAAAACUAGUGGAGAUGAGACAAGCUUUCCAGGAGGCUGGCUGUGUAUUCUGUGUUAUCACGCCAUACAACCCAUCUGCCAGCACUGGCAACAGUCAACUGUAA